CAGAGUCUCCAUAGCCUCUGCACUAGGGUCGGGGGCUUUUUCCAUCACAGCCUCUAUCUCUCUCUCUCUCUCUCUCUCUAGAUCAUCUUCCUGAGAAAGCCUUCAUUUCACCAUCUUUACGUGUUUAAUAUAUGUUCUUAUACUCUUCUAACAAUAUACUAAAUUAGGAGUGUCAUUUAAUUCAUCAGAAAGACAAAACGGAGGUAUUUUACAAUAUAAUGAUAUAUUAUACGUAAUAAUCAAAAAUUCUUUCUGUCUCAACACAGAGGAAAAGUCUUUGCUUUUACAAGAUCCAAACUCAGCAAAAAUAUAUUUGACUGCAGAAAACGAGGCACGCAGAGUCAUACAAGAAAAGAGAAUUUCAGGGUUUUUUUACCAACAUUUAUUCUGUCCCUCUUCAUAUAUAUUUCAGAUUCUAUAGUAUUUUUCACACAAUCACACACAUCUGUAUGUGCGCGCACUCUCCAUAAGAAGAAAUUUCAGCUCUCUAAAGCCUAGACAUUUUUACAGUUUAGGGUUGGAGCUAGUCAGUGAAGAAGAACAUUGAUUUCUUGCUAUAUUAAUUUGAGCAGCCAUAGAAAGAAAUCAGUAAAGGGAAGAAGGCUUUAGCAGCAUUAAUGGCGUCCUCUUCAUCCAACUCUCCAUGUGCAGCAUGCAAAUUCUUGCGUAGAAAGUGCCAGCCGGAGUGCGUAUUUGCGCCAUACUUUCCACCGGACCAGCCGCAGAAGUUUGCAAAUGUGCAUAAAGUAUUUGGUGCAAGCAAUGUCGCAAAACUUCUCAAUGAAUUGCAGCCUCAACAGCGCGAGGAUGCUGUCAAUUCCCUUGCUUAUGAGGCCGAAAUGCGCCUCAGGGAUCCGGUAUACGGUUGUGUCGGAGUCAUUUCCCUCCUCCAACACCAGCUCCGUCAGCUCCAGACGGACCUCAGAUAUGCCAAAUCCGAGCUCUCCAAAUAUCAGAAUCUGGGCAUGACCGGCCACGGGCUCAUAGCCGCUGCCACGCACCAUCACUCGGGGAUAAAUCUAAUUGGCAGCGGCGCUUCCUCCCGGGACCACCACUUCCACCACCGGUUCUUCCCCGGCAAUCCGCAGCAGAUUAUCAGGGCAUUUGAUGGGAACAAUAGUUAUGAUGCAAGCAGCAUUCUAUUCAGUCAGUUUCCUACAGGUGAUGGAAAGUGAAAAUUUGUGGUUCCCUCGAAUUAGGGUUUAUUCACCAAACUACAUUAGUAAAACUACCACAAAAAAAGGGGGACUUGCAAUAUGUUUGUUAUUUGUAAUUCUUGUUUAUGAGGUUUACAAACGUUGUUACAAAUAUUGUGAAAGUAUUAACAAAUUA